AUGGAGAAAGUUUUGGCGUUAAAGGAAAUGAUGAAGAAACAUGCUCCCAAGAGGGAGAAUCUGGACCCUCGGAACUGGAUGAAAAACGAACAAGUGAAGAAAGUUUAUGAUUUAAUUUUUAACAAAGAGCCAGAAGAGGACACGGACAACAGUUUUGACCACAAAGAAAUGUUACUGCAAACAGAGAAGCUGUUUAUUGAAGCCGCUAAGAGCAAUGAUAUAGCUGCAAUGAAGAUUCUUGGAAGGGGUUUAAAUGCCAAUGCAAAGAAUGCGCAUAAUAGGACUGCCCUUCACUAUGCAGUCGCCGGCAAAAACAAGGAAGCGGUUGAGCUGCUUCUACGGCGCAGGGUUCAAGUGGAUCAGAGAGACAAGUUUGGCGUGGCACCCAUUCAUUUAGCUGCCUGGUUUGGCAGCUUGGAGAUCCUGAAAUUAUUAGUGCGGGCCGGAGCGGAGCAGAAGGUUGAGAAUGAGGAAGGACUAAACAUCUUGCACUGCGCUGCCAUCAACAAUCACACUGAAAUAGUGGAUUAUAUUGUCAAUGACCUACAAAUGAAGGAACUGGAUAAAGAUGAUGAGUCAGGCCAUUGCGCAUUUGCUAUGGCAGCAGAGCAUGGCUGCGUGCAAAUGCUAGAAAUGCUGAUGGAGCCGUGUUACAACAUGGACACCAUGAAGCCCAACAAGAAAGGAGACACGCCCCUGCAUUUAGCUGCCAAGAACGGCCACUUGGACACAGUCCAACUGCUGCUGCAAUGCUUUGAUAUCCGGGAUGAAGUUAAUACGGAAGGUGAGACUGCUCUGUACCAGGCUGCUGAGAACGCUCAGGAACACUGCGUCCUAGCUUUGUUGAAAGAUGACUGUGACCCCAACAUCCAAACAACAACAAAAUACUGUGCCCUUCACCCAGCUUCAGAGAGAGGAGAUGCAUCUCUUGUCCGACUCCUCUUAGAAUAUAACGCCAACACAGACUUUCAGAAUGAGGACCUAGAGACUCCUCUUCACUUGGCUGUGAAGAAUAGCCACCUCCCUAUCAUUCGUUUUCUAUUGGAAGCAGGAUGUGACUUUCAAAUCACCAACAAGAGAUCUCAGACAGUCAUCCAUCUCGCUGCUGAGCUGGCAAAAAUAGAUGUGGUUGAAAUGUUACUGAAAACUGAAAUUGAUCUCACAGUGGUGGACUGGCAAGGAAAGACUGUGCUCGGUGUGGCGGCCAGAGCAGAUGAAGUGAUCAUUGUGGAUAUGAUAAUCAAGGCAGAACGAUACAGGGCAUGGAAAACGGCCCACCCAGAUUGGAAUGAGAGUAUUCACAGCGAGAACCCGCUAACAUUCAAACUGGACCACCGAAAUGAGACCAAACAUAUUCGCUCCAUUAUCUGGCGCUUAGCCUAUGAGCUCCUGAAGCCAAGAGACUGGAAGCGUCUGGCUGAACACUUGGGAUUCACGCUGGAGCAAGUGUCAGCUAUCGAAACACAGUGGACAGGUCAGCACAGCUACAGAGAACAUGGCAACAGGAUGCUGCUGAUCUGGUUCCAUGGAGCGGAAUUUGCCGUGGAAAGUCCUAUGAUAGAACUUUAUAAAGCCCUUUUCCACACAGGAUAUGGCACAGUUGCAGAUAAGAUUAGGAUGGGCUCGGACAAUUUCAGCAGUAGGAGCUGCAGCGUCUCAUGA